CUACCUAUUAAAUCAGUGAAAGCUUGAGACGACAGUCUUGCGGAAUAUAGAACAUAGGCUUGCUGCUGCAUGAAUAAUUACUCAGCAAAUGUUGAUUAAUUAUAUAAGUCUGGAGAGAAUUAGAAAGCUGUAAAAGUAUUUACCUGGUUCACAUGUGAAUAAUGGGAUAUUUACCUACUGCUUAAACAGAAGGAAUGAACAGACGGACCAGGUGCGAUGCAGGACAACUCGCGCCUUUAGGGACGAGUAGUCUUUAGUGCUGCUUUGUAGAGCUCAAAUUUGAUAUUAAGCAUUUGUUAUCGUGGGUUUGGUGAGUUAUAGUGUUUCUCAGAGAUAACAAAUGUGCCUUUGAGCGGUUAUUGUUCAAAUGACCGUGGAGGAUAAGUUUCAGCACUUUGGAUGUCCUUUUGAUUCGCAAAGGAAAUACUCAUUGGAUUUCGAACAGCGAAUUUGCUGUCUUGAAAAAACUCAGAGUUCCCAUUAUCUGGAGUACCAGCGUCAUCUGGGAGUUCGUCAGAAAUUGUUGUAACCUACACAAACGAGAGACUAUCAUAACAACGCUGGAGCCAAACAUAACAGAUCCAGGAGAAGCACAUUUUGAUAUGAGAUGACGGCAGACUCCUUUGGCUGUUUGAAGUGGUGUCUUUGUGGGCGACUCAGUGCUGAACGGACGCCAACAGAAGGAAACAGAGACAGAUAGACCAGUAUUUGGAAUCAGCUUAUCUGUUUUCCUCCUGGCCUCCUGGUUUUCCAUCAGGAUGGUGAUUUCGGCAUCACUUUGUGCCUGUGUGUUUCUUCUGACUGCCGUCAGGUGUCAUUCUCAUGUCCUCCCCCGACUCUCUUUUCCAAUGGGUAGUCCAGGUCGCUCUCUCACCGUCUUCACAAAUGAUGAUAGUUACAACGCCACCACAUUGUUGCUUAGCAACGAUGAGGGCACCUUAUUUGUUGGAGCACGUGAUACCAUUCUGUCAAUCAACAUCAGUCAGACUGAUAUGACAUUGAAGGAGAAGCUGGACUGGUCUCCCUCAGAAAAAGACUUUAAUGAUUGUUCCAUGAAAGGCAAAUUGAAGAUGGAUUGUCAUAACUUUGUGAGAGUUUUGCAAGUGCUGAACUCUACACAUAUGUACGCCUGUGGAACGUUUGCCUUCAGCCCUCGUUGUAUCUACAUUAAUUCACAGACAUUCACCAUGGUUACAGGACCCAGCGGUAAACCUGAAGAAGGCAGAGGCCGCUGUCCUUAUGACCCAUAUCAGAAGAAUUCAGCCAUAACUGUGGAUGGGGAACUGUAUACAGGAACUGUGUCAGACUUCAGAGGAACUCGACCUGUCAUUUCACGGCACUUGAGUGAGGGCAGCCAUGUUGAUCUGAAACUGGAUGAUACACUUGGAUGGUUAGAAGAUCCUACUUUCAUCAGCUCCACAUAUAUUCACAGUGAGGAGAAGGUUUAUUUCUUCUUCAGUGAGAUUGGAAAAGAAUACGACUUCAUUGACAAGUUUACGGUGUCUCGCGUUGCCCAAGUUUGCACAAGUGAUGUUGGUGGGCAGAGAACUUUACAGAAACGCUGGACCACCUUUGCCAAGGCUCAGCUAUUGUGUCAAGCUGACCAAGAGCUGCCAUACAACGUUCUGCAGGACGUUAUCAGCCUUUCUCCACCAGAGGGCGCAUCUGAGGAUGAAACACUCUUCUAUGGGAUUUUCACUUCUCAGUGGCGAGUAAACUUGGGUCGCUCAGCCGUGUGUGCUUUCAGCCUCAAAGACAUUAAAAAGGUGUUUACAGGACGUUAUAAGGUUCUGAAUCGGGAUACUCUGAAAUGGAGCACAAGGGUGCAGGAGCAGAUGGCAAACCCUGGAGAGUGUGGACUGCACAAUGCUUCAGACAACACUCUGCGCUUUGUUAAGGACAAUUUCCUGGCUGAUAAAAGUGUUCUACCAGUCAAUCAGGGCCUGACAGUGGUGUCACCUGAUAAGAGCUACAGCAACAUCGCAGCUCAGAGAGUACAAGGAGCACGCGGCAAAUAUUACACUGUGCUUUAUCUGCUUACAGAGUCAGGCUUCCUGCACAAAACUGUGCUCUUGAAGAAGGGAGCUCACAUCAUCGAGGAGAUACAAGUGUUUCAUCAACCUCAGAUGGUCAAAAGCCUCCUUCUGUCUGUUUCUAAGGGGGCAGUGCUGAUCGGCUCUUCAGAAGGGCUGCUGUCAGUGCCAGUGUCCAACUGCUCUCACUACAGGAGCUGUGCUGAAUGUGUUCUGGCCAGAGACCCUUUCUGUGGCUGGGACCUUUCCCAGAGGGUCUGCAAACUGAUAACCACAUCACAGAAUCAGCUGGCUCAGGAUGUAGAUGAGGGUAAAGUAUCAGAGCAGUGCUCCAGUGUGAACCUCAGAUCCCGCUCUGGCCAGCCCCAAAACACCCAGACUCUCUGUCCCCCAGGUGAAGUGCUGUCUGUGUCACUCAAUGAGGUUAUUAACCUACAAUGCCCCGAAGCAUCAAACCUUGCUAAAUGCCACUGGGAGCGUCUCAACAGCCAGCUCUCCCCCAAAAUCUUCAUCCAGUCAGUCAACGGCAGCCUCAGCUUUGUGGCGACCCCGUCCACCCUGGGCCACUACCUGUGCCAAGCGGUGGAGAACGGCUACACCCAAACACUGAUAGUCUACCAUAUUAAACAGAAGAACAAUCCCACCAUCCUCCCGUCUUCCCCGAAGAUCACACCGACUUCCGCUGAAGCUGGAAACAAAACCCCUUUUUCCACUCCCACAGCUCCCAAACACACCGAGCUGAGGCCUAAACCAGAAGACCCAAGUUCUACUGUUGCACACAAAGAUUCACCUGCAACCACCACACGGAAAAGCAAAAACUUCACUCCCUUGAUUAGUGCAGAAGAGGAAAGCUCCUGGAUGAAUGAACGCAGUGGAAACUUCAAGCAAGUGGAUAAACCAACCUAUUUGCAGGAGCUAGUAGUGGUGUCCGUUCUGCUAGCGCUGUGUGUUAGCGCCUUGCUAACCAUCGCUUUUAACAGAUUUAGACAUGUUUGCACCAGCAGGACCAUCGCACAAACUCCUUGCUCUCGCAGGGACGUUGAGAAGGGUGGAAGUGCGACACCGCAAGAGAGGGAGUCUCUCAGAGGACAUUCACCACGUUUGGAAAAGCGCAAUGGACAAGCUCCUAAUGGACAGUCCCACAUUGGUCAGGCACAUAACGGCAAAUCUUCAAUCACACUGAGCAAUAACAUGCUGAACGGCUCUAACGGUCACCUGCCCAACACACCCAUCUGAUGGUGCUGGUUUUCUUGAUUUACUGGAAAACUCUUUUCUGAGCCAAAUCGGGCUUUUGCUGAAUCAAGCCCUGUCGCUGAACCACUCAUGCAGGAUCAUUUCGAAAUCUAAGAGGAGAGAAAUAAAGUCAGAAACUGCACACUGGACCUGCUCAUAAAUCAUUUGAGCCGUAAGACUAAAAGAUCUUCAGCACUAGGAACUAGUGUACAUUUUCAGUUUGUUAAUAUUUAAGCUGUAAUUUAUGUGUAAACUGAACUGUUCGUUUCAGUCUAAAGUAUAUCAGAUGUUAUGCCUCUCUUAAAGAAACACUUCCACUUUUUUUGGAAUAGGCUCAUUUUACAAGAAAACAGUCGAGUUUUAGCAAUUUUAAUCCACUCAGCCGAUCUCUUGAGCGCUUCGCUUAGCAUAAAUAAUUGAACCGGAUUAGCAUCUUGCUCAAAAAAGUUCACCUAGUUAUCCAGCUGGGGACUUUUUUCAGCUGCUGCAUAAUAUAAUUGCACUUGCUGCAACUUUUUUUUCAUCGGUCUUACACAAUUGAGCUACACACAUAAACUACAGAAAUAGGAAAAUUUAAACUUUUUUGGAGCAAGAUGCUAAUGGUCUAAUCCUAUUCAAUGAAUUAUGCUAAGCUAAGGUAAAAGUUGCCAGCUGAUCAGCUGAAUGGAUUAAAAAAUUGUCAAUCUUAACUUUUUAAGUCUAGGGGAGUUAUAAAAUGAGCCUAUUACAAAAGAAAAAAAGUGGAUUGUUUCUUUAAACCACUUUCAGGCAAGUUCAAAUGACAGUUUAAGAUUUCCAUUGAACUUUUUGAUAUUUUUAUUGAUUUUAGAAACAGUUAGAGUCAUUUUAUAUUAUAAACUUUAUGGCUCUAAUCAUAUGAUCGUUUUCAAAAUCCUAUUUUCCAUUUUGCAAACAUUUAGUUUCCAGUACUCACUCUCUCCACCUUUUUCAGAGUCGCUAUAUCGCACAUCUUUCUUAGUCUUUGCCUUUGUUUCUUAUUCUUGUCUAAUUUCACAUUUUGAAUGUCAAAACGAGGUACGAUAGUUAGGUUUUCUGUUUUCCAUAACAGGAUAGUUUACUCAAAAAUGAAACUUAAACUUUUAAUAAAAGUUAGAAUUGAGUAUAGAUCCAGCCAUCAAUAGUGUAGGACAUUUUUCCUUUCAGUAGAAUAUCGAAGGAUUUUAGCUGAAACUGUGGUCCUUGAUGAUUCAUAAAAUCCAAUACUGUUGCUGCUGGCAAUUUGAGAAUCAACAAAAAUAAAUACAUGAGCAUAAUUAAAUGAACAGCCAUGAUGAUACAUUUCUGAUAAUGCAUUGUAAAGCUGAGCAAUCUUCUUUACUAAUGACUGUCAUAAAUACACAGAGGCUGUGUAUUAAAGGUAAUUUUUUUAUUUACUUGUGACUUCUAUGAAUCACAAAAGAGCAUGGUUUCAGCCAAAAAUACUCCUUAAUCCUCUGCUGAAAUAAAAAAUCACCUACAUCUCAGAUGGCCUAAGGUUGAGUAAAUAAGCAGCUUUGGUUUUCAUAGACUUCCAUUAGAAUUGACAGUCUGUGGGAACUGAAACUAUUUGGUUACCAGCAGUUUGGUUUCAAAUUAUUUUCAUUUGUGAUGCAGUAUUUUUGUUUCUAUUUAUGGAAGCUUGUAACAAAGGUAAUUGGGGUAUUUAUCUCAGUUCUGACAUUAUUCUCUCAGAAUUUUGUGGUAUGAAAGCACAUUUGCUUGGUUAGACAGUCUUUCAAGAUAAAUAUGCAUAAUUGUGAAACAAAUUAGAAGAUAAAUAUUUAGAAUUUGCAGAUAUAAGUCUACAAUUCUUACUUUUCCACUCUGAUUCACAAUUCUUUCCUCAAAUUUGUUAUUAUAAACUUGAAUUGUGAGUUAUAAAAUCCAGAACUCAGAUAAAAUACUGACAAGUUUAUCUCUCACAACGAAGGUCUCAAGUGUGGAAAAUGUUUAAAAAAAAUUCAGAUAAAAAAUUGCAAUUACCUUUAUUUUUAAUUGGUGGUGGAAACAAGCUUCCAUAUGAAGGUGAAUAAAUAACACAUUUUCUUUUUUAAGCUGACUAUCCCCUUUACCAUAGCACCAGGGCAGAAAUGAAGCUUUCAAAUGUGCUUUUCAAGUGUUUUAAUUUAAGUUUUCUGUGUAAUGCUGAUCAUUUAAUUUAAUUGUAAAGUUGUGUUGAUCAGUUGUGUACUGUACAAGUACGGGUAGAUGUUGUUGUCUUUUACAUUUCAAAAUUAUAUCAAUAUAAAAAUAAUGAGGAGUGUUACUUUGGUACCAUGGACCUGUUCUAGAAGUAUGUAGCCUGCUCACCUCAUUCAAUGUUGACCACUUGACUGUGUCAUAAUGGCAAAACACAGUGACUUUGACUUUAAUUUUAUUCAGUUUUUACACUGAUAAUUGAACCAAAUCAAUCUGUCGGAGAACAGAAUCUAGGUUUAAAUUUAGGUGGGAAAAAAGAUAUAAUGACAAAAAAAAUAUGGGUUGUUGCUGUGUUUUGUCUUGGUACAGUAAUAUUCUGGCCGUGGUUGCAGCUACUUUCACUAUAGAGUGUUCGAAUCGAAUCAUUUGUCGUUUUUCCACUGAAUGGUACUAAUGUGAAGUCUUCAUGUAGGAGAAAUUAAUGAUAAAUUGUGAUAUAUUGCCAAAUAUGUGUUUUAUAAUCAAAUGAUGAGGACCUGUUCUUUUUAGUGGAUCAAAGAACAGCUGAAUUUUCCUGUUUGUCUUUCGCUUGGAUUUCAGAGUCCAGUCGAAGCCCAAUAUGUGAAGUCUGUCACAGGACUAGAUGCUCUCCUGCACACCACUGUUUUUGAAAGAUUCUGUUUAUUUUUUUAUAGCCUAAACAGGCUGUUUUGAAAAUAAAAAUAUUGAUUUAAAGUGUUUGAAA